CUCUCUACGCUUCCUUCUGAAUUAGCUCUGUCUCAAUUGGACGAUCGUAACCAGUAUGAAUAUUCUUCUGACAUUAUCAGCAUAUUUCCUAUUCAUGAGUCUAAUUGUGACAUAAAAGUGCCCGACUCUAGAACAGAUCUAAACAACAUUCAGGGUGUUGAUAUCGAUUGCAUGAACUUUUUUAUUAAGGCUUGUAGUGAGGGGACUCCAACUUUAAAACUCAAUGAUGCUAUACAAAUUAUCCCAGAUUUUAAGGAAAUUGAUAGCUCCAUCUGCUCAAUGAGCAAAGAAUUAGAGACUAAAUAUUCAAAUAAAAAAUUGGAAUGUUUUUUAAAAUCCUCCCCUCCAAUUAGUUCUGGCUCAUCGUCUGCCUUUUCAGAUCUAGAACACCUGAGUGAACGUCCCCCCCUCUAUCAAGUAGAUCAACCUAAAGAAACGUGCAGAUUUGAAACCAUUGAUUACUUAUCUGAAAUUGCUGUGACAGUAGCGUCAAAUACAGGGCAGCCUUCAUUGAAUAAAGAGGAAAAAUAUCGUGCAGGACUUAAGCCGCGGAGCUCACAGAUGAGGCCUAUCGAUAAAACAGUAGAAUUGAGUCGGGGACGGGAUCUUCAUCUAUUAGCUCUUGACUUAGCAAGCUGGUCACUUCGCUUGAGAUUGCCGGGAAGUAAGUACCAAAAGGAGACACGUCGAGGACAGAGUUUAAGCUUGCGUCAAGUUCGGCGAUUGAGCCCGGUUAUUGCACUUGCAAAUAGAAGGAAGUCAAGAUACUUGGUGAAGCACAUACUUUCCAAAGAAAGGGAGAAACAUAGACGAGACCCAAAUAAAAAACCUUUGAGUAAAACUGCAUUAGAAGAAAAGCACAUAGUUCAGCAAUGCAGCCAAGAGGGAAUGGGCUCUACCUGGUUUGAUGAGGGAAAGACCUCGAAUAAGAUUGACGUAAAUGGCGAAGCAGAUACGGAUCAGACGAAAGCAAAUGACAUUGGGAAGUUGUCCAAUCUAAAGAGUGACGGCUCUUGGAAUCACAUCACCAACCGCCAUUUCAGACAAAGCUUAAUGCAUCAAAAGCUCCACAAAAAAUAUCCGUUGCGCGUCCACGAGAAUGCCGUCCAACCACGAAUCCCUAUAGCUCGACUGGUCACUCGAAUCACAGGAAUUACACCGCAGCUGUUUCUUGAGCUUCUGAACUCAGUGCAUUUCUUACUUUACAAUGGGACACAACAACGCGAAGCUCUACUUGCAUUGAAUUCACUAGAGUCUCGAGCUAAUAUGGAAUUAUGGACGGAUGUAAGUGAUAAUUAG